UGUUUCAAAGUAUAAUUUUGUUUGUAAUUUCUGUUUAUUUUUGGCUUAAUUUAUGUUUCUUUUUAUAAUAAUUUUUCGUACUUUUAUUAAAUAAUUAUUUUUAAAACACAAACCGACGACGUAAUUGCAUGGUUUCAAAGUGCUCCACAGAGUAAUGCGUUUGUUUGAAAAAAGCGCACCCUCGUAAGCACAGUCGCCAAAAAUGGUAAACCGAAAGUUAAUAAACAGAUUAAUUUAGCCAAGCUGAUUUGCAGUGAACCUUCUUGGUGUUCAUGUUGUUUCAUGGUGAACAGAAUAAGUGGAGAAAAGUAAUUGCAUAUGCCGAAUUCCUUGUUAAACUUCUGGUGUUUAGCAAAAUCUACUAUGUGCUAAAAUUGGAGCAAAACCUUUGAAAGAAAAGUAAUAUUGAAAGGAAGCCAAAGAUGCAAAGUGUUGCACGUUUCUUGGGUGUUGGUGAAAUUGAUGAUGGCACCAAAGAAAGAUACAGACAAAGAAGAGAAAAAUGCUAUAGAACAGAUCUGAAAGACCAAGGAGAUGAAGUGGAUUUUGGAAGAAAAAGCUGUGUUGGCAGAAAACAGUGCAAACCAAGGAAGAGGGAGUCUUUAUUUCAGAUUGUUGGAAAAGCUGUGGGAGCAAAAGAUAAAAGUGGAAAGGUAAAUGUAGAAGAGAAAAUGAGAAGUUUUGCACCAGCUGAUCUGAAUAACAAAGAGAAGUUUCCUGAACCAUCACCUGCUGAUGUUAUUAAGUUAAAAGAAGAUUUGUUUUAUGAUGAAAUCAUUAAAGAUGAAGCCCUUGAAGGAAGGAAUGGUAAAGGUGAAAGUCACAUGGACAUGGCUAUGGAACGUCCUAGAGAAGUAGGUGAUAAUGGAAAAGUAGAGAGGAACUUUGAUGAAAUGGAUAUGCCAAUGUCACGUCACAGGGAAGAAGAGGAUCAUGAUGAACUUGAUACUAGAAAAAUUAGGGUUCAAGAAACCAUAUUGCCACCCAGAGUUGAUGUUGGUCCAGAUAUUCCCUUGACUGAUAUCAAGCCUAGGAUACCAGUUAGAAUGAUAUCAGGCAGACCUGCAAUGAAUAGAAUCCCUGAUGAUAUAACUCGUGAACUAGCAACAAAGCCUGAUCUUAGGAAAAAGAAAAGAGAGGCAGUAUUUGACCAGUUAUGUGACAGUGCCAAGGAUUUCUUUUGUUGUAAAAUAUGUAGGUGUAGUAAAAAAGAUGGAAGUUUGGAUAAACGACCGUAUUUUUCUUAUUUCAUCACCUUUGUACAAGUAGUAAUAAUGAUAGCAGCUGUGGCAGUUUAUGGCUUUGCUAGACCUCACUAUAGUAAAGUUGAAGAUGAAGAACUGGUUUUGAAACCCUCUUUAUCCAUUGAGCUAGUUAGAAAGUCAGAGUUUGGAAACAUAUGGCUGGGACCAAGACAGGAUGACUUGAUUCAUCUUGGUGCCAAGUACUCUCCAUGUAUGAGAAAAGACCCAAAUCUUGUCAAAGUAUUAAAGUUAGAUCGAGAAGAGGAAAAAACUUCCGGGUGUUGUGUGAGGGAUGAUGGUGCUGGGUGUGUUCAAACAGUAGAAUCUCAAUGUAGUAAUUUGAUAUCAACCUUUGUGAAGUGGAAUACAACAAAACCAUCCAGCUUAGGAUUUACAUCGGGGGCUGUUUGUGGACAAGAUCCAAAAUACUGCAAGAAGCCAUCUUCCAUUCCUCCAUUUGAAUGGAAUAAGAAUGAUAUGACAGAAUGGCCAUUAUGUUUAGACACAAGAAAACCUGGGUAUACUCAAUCUGGAAUCAUUAAUCAAACUGACAGACACAUGACAUGUGAGAUGUUAGGGAGGCCAUGUUGUCAUGGUAUGCAAGGAGAGUGUAUGAUAACAACUCGAGAACAUUGUGACUUCCUCAGGGGAUACUACCAUGAUGAAGCUUUCCUGUGUUCUCAGGUGAAUUGUUUUGAGGAGGUGUGUGGUAUGAUACCAUUUGUUUAUGCUGACAGACCCGACCAGUUUUCUAGAGUUUGGUCAUCUAAUCUACUUCAUGCUGGAUUUGUUCAUAUGUUAAUCAGUUUCUUCUUUCAAAUGAUUGUUAUGGCUCGAGUGGAACAACUGUACGGGUCAUUAAGAAUUAUGUUUAUUUAUGUUGGCAGUGGUACCAUAGGUACUUUAGCUAGCUGUACACUGUUACCCUAUCAUGUUGAGACUGGACCAGCUGGUGCCCAUUUUGGUAUCUUGGCCUGUGUGUAUGUUGACAUCCUCUAUAAUAUACUGAACAACUGGCAGAAUGACAAGUCAUACUUGAAUGCUGGACUAAAAUCUAACUUGGGUAUUUAUAGUCUGGUUCUACUGGUCCUAUUUAUAUGUGGUCUCUUGCCAUGGGUAGACAACUGGGCCCAUUUAUUUGGAUUUGUAUCAGGGGCUUUGUUAUCAUUAGUGCUGAUAAAGGACAUACAAAUUGAAGAUAAAGGACUUACCAAAUUACGUAUUAUUGUUGUAUCAUUGGCUUUAUUUGUGCUGAUGUUUGUCUUACUUAUGAUUGGGUUUUAUGUUGUACCAAUUACUCAACGAUCGUGGAUACAAUAUUUCAACUGUAUUCCAUUCGAUGAUACGUUUUGUCACAACAUGGAUGUUAGCAUUACAAGAGGUGCAAGUUACACAAAAUAUUUAUAGAUUUUCAUAAUUUCUAAUUUAAUUUCCCAUACUGAUAACAAGAUUUCUGAUUUUAAGAUAUCAUUCAAUUAUGUUAGGGUAGCAUCAAAUUUGACCAGUACAAAUGUAGUACAAUCUUUUGUUUACCUCUCAGGUGUUUUGCUUCUGUUUAUAAUAGGAAUGAUCAUGUUUAGAUGAAGCUUUUAAAUUCAAACAGGAAAAUUUGUUGUAUUUGUAUUAAGGUACUUGUCUUUAUCAAAUAAUAGAUUCUCAUUAUAUUUGGAUUGUAACAUUAAAAUCACAGAUUGAUGUCUGCAAGUUGACUUAUACUUUAUGUAUCUGCUUAUCAGAGUUUAUUUUGAAUGAAUAUAAAAAUAGAAAUUAAUAAAAAAUAAAUUAUGUAUAAAACCACACAACAGUUUUGAUUUCUGAAUAUAUUGAUAUUUAAUUUUCAUAAACAUAUUUGGGUUGUCAACAGCACCUAUAAAUAAAUAUAAAUAUUAAAUUCCUGCAUAAUAACUAUUAUAACUUUUAUUCACAAUCAGUCUAAUUGUAUUAGAAAGUAUGUACUUAAAAUAUAGUUUAAAUUAAAGAAACAACUUGCAAUUAUAAUACAUGUACUGCUUAUUUAUUGAUUUACCUCAAUAGUUAUUAUCAUUUCAUAGAGUAGUAUUAGAGUGUAUUAGUAUAGGAUAAGUUUAGGUAAAUUAAAAGAGUAUGACUAAUUUAUUAUUAAUAAUCAUGCCUAUUUGAAGUAAAUUUCCUCUACUAAGUAGUUGGAAUAGAUGAUACAGUGAUUGUAGUGUCAAAUGGAUUUUUUAUAUGUUUUUUUGUAAAUGAAAUUUCAAAGCCUUAACGUAAGUAAAUUGAAAAAAACAUGAACAUAAUUUUAAUGAUUCAAUUGUGGUUAUGUAAAAACAAUUGUAUCAUUAAAAGUCCUAAGUGUGACUAUCUUUUUGUUAACAAUCAUUUUUUGUCUAUUAUUAUGUUUAAAUGUAAAUUGCAAUGGGUUAUAUUAUUUUCCUCAUAUAAAAUCAACAUUUGUUCUGAUCUCAACUUUCAUUUUGUGUAAAGUGCAAUUUUAUAUUAAUUUUCUCAUAUAUGUUGAAGAACUAUUGGGAUAUCAUGAAAUAGAUAGAUGCUGUAUAGUAUUAUUAAGAGUCCCAAUUUGAGAACAGAACAUUUUAUUUUGAACGACUUUUAUGUAGAAAAAAGAAUUGACCCAUUGUUCCAUAUUGUAUCACUGUGUUAAAAUGUUAGUUUGUGUGGCAGUUCUAGUUUUUCUCCCUUAGUUUGAGUUGAUGUGGCAGUUAUCUGCCAUUAGUUUUUGUGGUUGUGGCAGUUAUAAAUUUCAUUUUAUUUUAGAUGUUUUCAUAUUUUUAUAAUUUAUAUAUUUCAUAUUACAUUUUUUAUAUUUAUAUAUUUUCAUCGAAGGUGUAGAAAUACAUUUUACAAUCUUAAGACAAUUUUUGCAAAUAGCAGAGUUACAAGCUCAAAAAAAAAUAUGCUCAGGAGUAAAUUGUAACAUGUUCAUCAGGCAAUUGUUUCUUUAUAUCUUUAUGUUUUUUGUUUUUACUUUUGUUAUUAAUAUAAAUGUUUAACUUUAUAGAACUGUUAAAAAUACUGUUGCAAAUAUUUCUAUAUACAGUUUACAGUUUUAAAAUUCUUUAUAUGUUUAGUCACAAAAGUGCUCUUAUUUGCUUAAAAUGCUUAUUCUUGGUUGCUAAUAUUUAUUAUCAUCUUCACUUUAAAAUACCAGAUUUUUAUUUGGUUAAUACGAGGAAGAUGAGUUUCUCUAUCCCAUUGCUCAGCACAAGACAAUUUUUUAAUGUCACCCUCUCAUGCAAACCAACUAAAAAUCAAUAAUUAAAAAGACGAUGAAUUGAAUUUUCAUCAAUAAUUUUAAAGACAAUGCACAAGUUCUUCGUUUUACCUUCAGGCCUUUUUCAUAGACUAUCAACAUUAAGAAAUACCCCUUGAUUGACAAUGUUUUUCGUGGGGUGACAAUCUACCCCAUCACCCUCUCAGUUAUGUGUUAUACAUAUUAUGUGCUAGUUCAUUUUAAUUUCAUUGUACUAGUAUAAUUAGAAUUCAGAUUUUCAAAACAGUCCAAAGUAAACCCCCUGAAAAUUAUGAUAUGUUAUCAUUUAUAGUAUUCUUGGUAAGCAUAUUGCUAUUAAGGUGGUACAUAACACUAGACGGAGAUAACUCUGUAAAAAUCAGCUGAUAGUUUUAAUCACGUUCUAUUGUUAAGGAAAUAUUAAGCUUCUCAAUGAUCAAAAUUAGUGUUUGUCAAACUGCUAUAUAUCCAAUGAAAUUUUACCGAUAAAGUGUGUGGUUCAAGUUUUUUGAAAUUUUUAUAUUUUUGUCAAAGGGUCAAAGUAAAUAUUUUGUCAAAAUUUUAUGAAUAUUAAAUAAGCCAAAUUAAUUUUAGUCAAGGUGUUUGGUAUCACCUUAAAAAGCAUACUAGAUGACGUCUAGUUUGAGAAUGCAAUAAAUUUUGUUUUAUGAGUUUUCUGAUGAACUUAGUGUGUAUAUAGAUUUUUCUAUUUUUGGUAAUAAUGUUCACAAUGCAAUUGGUGUCUUCUUGGUUAUUUUGACUCUGCUGACUUACAUGUAUUGUGUCUUCAUGUUUUUCAUAUCUUAUGACUAAUUUAAGUGUUGCAUUGAAGGAUUUUUUUUUACAAUGUAAUUUAAUGGUUAAAUCAACAAAAUAUAAAAACAUAAUUAAUAUAGAGGACAGAAUAAUACAGGCACAUUACACAGAAUUUUCUUUUUACAAUGGUAAAGUCAGACUACACCAAAGACAGUAUUGUAGAUUUUGUAAUGAUCAGCAUUUUUACAAUGAGAUGUUGACUUAAAAUAUGAGAGCAUGAUGAUGUUCCUGAUAUAUUGUACAAUUAAUAAACAUUCUUAGUCUCCUGGCUAUUUUAAAAAUAUUUCUGUUGCUAUAACUCGUGAUGAUUGAGUUAUCAUUCUGUGUGAUAUUUUUUAGUUUUUUUGUUUUAUUAUUGAGUGCCAUUUUAUUAGUUGAAUUAAAGUGCUUUACGUUGAGGGACAUUUUCAGAGCUAUGAUGACCCUCAUUCUGUAUUAUUGUUACUUCAGUUAUUUGUUAUUAAUUUUUAAUCAGAACAUUUUUCUAGCUCAGUUUCUUCAAAGGUCUAAAUGAACUUUUGUCAUCUCAUUGCAGCCAUUAUCCAUUCAUCGUCCAUAACAUUAAAACUAAUGAAUCAGCAUAUUAAUGGAAAUGACCAUGAAAAUUACAGAGUAAAAAACACUUAUAAUCAUCUUUUGUUUGUGUAACUACAAAACCUUAACGUUGAUGAUAUGGUACUAUUACAUGUAUACUUAUAUCCAGAAUUAUGUCAGAUAUCCUUAGCUUUUUAUAAUAAAUUUGAAAUAUUGAAGAAGAAAAAAAGUAUUUUUAAAGGACUUGACCUAUGUAUAUGUCAGUGUUCCAGCUAGGUCGUUUUCACAGGGCAGUCCGCCCGCCCUUUACCGAGUGCCGCCCUGUGCCCUUUUUAAGAUGCCCUGCCCUUUUCGUAAGUCCAUGCCUUUAUUGUCGUAAUAUUUUGAUGAAAUACAAUUAUUCUACCUGUCUUCAUAUUUAUGACAAGUUUAUGACCCUCAGCUAAUUAACAUUUACAGCAGGUGUAUUAAGUUGUGAUUACAGAUAAUCGGCUUAUCGACAUCGGAUGGGUCAUUAAUCUGUUAAUUAAACUUCAUAAUUGACCAUUUUAAUAAUUUUUCUCAUUAAAUUCAGUCAGUCAGCAUUUCAAUUUCAAUAUUUCUCAAAAGAUGACGAUUUGCGUUUGAUGUAUCCAUAGUCCAAAUAAUUAUGCCAUCUUGCAAGGCUAUUUUUAAUUUUUGGCGUCACAGAAAAAAAUUAAAAAUAGCCUUGCAAGACGGCAUAAGUAUUUGGACUAAUGUAUCCAUAGAUCGUCUUGUUUAUAUGUCAAAGAUUGAUUUUUUUUAAUUGAUCUUUUAAACUAGUUUUAAUCCAGAAGAAAGUAAAAACAAUGCUUGACUGUACCUUUCAUUGAAUAUCUAUAUCCAAAUUAAAUUAAUUAAAGCUGUAAUCCAUGAUCACAAAUUGACUGCUUUGUUUACAUUUGUUGAAAGCCAUGUGCUUUUUUGGCGGGGAAAAUUCGGAAAACUCCUUUAACAAGAAACAGUUACAUUUCAUUGUCACAGUAAGAUUUUCAUUUUGAUUAAAUGCUAAGAUUAAUUCAUUAAAAAUGAAUACUUUCUUGGGGUGAUACUGAUACUACUUUAAUACUCUACAUCUAGGGGUGUGUAAAAUGGAAAAAGGGGGGGGGGAUUUUUUAUAUAUAAUAUUACAAAUAUAAGUUUAAAAGUCUGAAAAGACAUGGUUAAAUGGAUUUUAAUUCUGAAAAAACUCAAUGUGGUUUAUUUUAAUUCAUUUAUUAUUUCUAUCAUAAUCAGAAACACUGGGCUACAUGUAUUAGGCAUUUCAAACAUAUAUUAUUGCCUUUAUAAGAACAUUCAAGACUAUUAAUAAGUAUGUAACUGUAGUAAAAAUACCCUAAUUUCUACUGGGCCCUUGGAAAAAAGUUUUGGGAUCCAGGUUGGCCCCUGGAGAAAAUGUAAGGUAUUGUUCCUGACUGUAUUGCAGAUCUAGUGUAGUAUUUUAACUGACAUGCACAAUUCAUUUCACUAAUGAAAUAAAAAUAAUUCUUCAAAACGCUGCUGCGCUCUGCAUUGCAACUUAACCUUAGACAUACCAUGCAUCAAAAAUGUUCUGGGGAAGACUGAGCUAGUAAUAUACGUCAUUGCAUGGUCCUUUUAGUACUGUUACCCAAAAUAAGGUUGAUUUUCAUCUAACGUAAAAGUGACUAAACCCCCUCAAAACUCCUAGCUGAAACCCCUGCAGUUAACAUAAGACAAUGUUUGGCAUGCCCUUUUUGAAAUAUCAAUCAUCAUGCUAAAGUGCCCUUUUCAUGAUUGGCUCCCUGCCCUUUUGAAAUCCUAGCUGGAACACUGUAUGUCAUAUUCUGAGUUAGUCCUAAAGGAAAAAUUCUUAAGAUGUCAUUGCUCAUAAACCAUAAUGACCCUUCCAAAAGGUGGAAAUUUUAAUAGGACUGCAUAUGAAAGGUUUUCUUUUCUGAAAGUAGUUUUACAGCUUUUUGUCUAAAUCAUAACUAAGGCAUCUAAUGCAUUUAAUAAACCCACCGACUAACUAACACAGCAGCACUUACUAUAAAUAGAACAUGCAGUUAACUAUAAUAUUUUGUCUGUAACCACACAACUGAUAGUGUCCAAAUGUUGCUGCUAUGGUUUUGAUACAAUGUUAAUUACCUCAUUCACUUUUUUAAAUGUUGAAAAAAGUAAAAGUUAUUAUCCUUGAAAAAAAACUUCCAAUUGUCCUGCCAAAAAUUAACAUUGCCAUUAACAAAGACACUAUUUUGAGGUACUUAUAUCCGAAUGGCAAGUUAGAUACAAAUGGCAUUUUUAAAAUCUUUUUAACCCAUAUAUUGGAAUUGAGUAGAAUAAUUAACCAUCUUGUAUGUUCAAUAGAUAGAGACUUCUUGUUUGUAAGUAACUGUCAUUGUCAUACUUUUUAAUACUUUAUAUUUUUGACAUUUUUCUUUUCUAUAAUUUUACAUAAACCAUGCAAUAUUGAUAUGUUAAUUUGUAACGUGAUAAAAAGGAAAGUAAACCUGUA